AUUCGUUUCACGACCCCUUGAACUAUCGCAUCGUUGGUUGCCGCCAUCGCCAUGACCAAGAUCCUUGGGCUGUCCACGGCGCCCCGCCACGAGAGCGCAAAGGUCGGCGCGUAUGACUCGGUCAUGCCGGUGACGCGGCUGCGGUCGUCCAGCUGGUCCUCGGACAACCCAUGCCAAGCCGUGUUUUACAUGCUCUGUUGGUACACGUUCUCAACGAGCGCGACCUUGAUCAACAAGUCGCUGAUCAAGGAGCAUGGGAUGUCGGCAGAGCUCUUGACAGUGUGCCACCUCGUCAUGGGGACCAUCUUCGACGCGGCCAUUUUCUCUGUUCCUGCCAGGUCAAAGUACAAAAUGUGGUUCCUCCAGCCCAUGAAGCCAUCCACGCUGGUGCACUUGGUGCCCUUGAGCGUCCUCGCGAUUUCGUCCAAGCUUCUCACGUACUGGAGCUACAGUAAAGUGCCAGUGGCCCUCACGCACACGUGCAAGGCGUCGACGCCGCUCUUUAACGUGGUCUUGGCGUAUCUCGUGUAUCGAACGACCCACGCGACCCCCAUCUGCCUGUCGCUCGCGCCCAUUGUGGUCGGCGUAGCGAUGGCGUCCAUGUCGGAAGUCCAGAUCAACGUACGAUGCUCUCCCGCCGCCAUGUAUUCCGUCGUCCACCCCUCGUUUGGUCGAAUACAGGAGUUUGCCAUGGUCGGGCUCGUUUGCGCCGUGUCUUCGUCCUUGUUUGGCGUAAUGCAGAGCAUGUAUGCAAAGUAUCUGCUGCGGCAUGGCGUCGUGGCCGACAGCGUCAACCUACACUUUUACAAUGGCCUCCUCUGCAUCGUCGUCAACAGCCCCGUCAUCUUGUUUGGGAACGCGGCGCCGAUGGUGCCUGGCCAAGUCCCAUACACUCUCAUCAUCGUGUGCAGCAUUUGUCAGUUCAUCUCGAGCCUGUCGUCGAUGCUGCUGCUGGGUAAAGUGUCGGAGCUCACGUACUCCAUCAUGAGUACGCUCAAGCGCGUCGUGAUCGUUGUGAGCGCAAUUGUGUACUUUGGCAACAGCAUGACGGGAGUGUCUGCCGUGGGGAUGUCGCUUGCCCUUGGGGGCGUUGGAGCGUACCAAUAUGCCAAACUGAGGCAGUCCAAGGCGGUCGCGCACUUGGACAAGCACGCGCUGUGAGACAGCAUCCGUUGAGCACUAUUUUGAUAUAUGAAAUACACAACACUAUGGCACGACCCCGAACGGACUGGAACACGUGGCCAAGUUAGACGUCGACGCC